AUGCAGAAGAGUCCGCCGCUCUGGGAAGCCUUGGUCGAUGAAAUGGGCAUCGGGCUCCAGGACGCCGGUUGGCCCGUCGGAGGUUCCAAGGACAGAAGAGCCCUACCCAGUCGACAACCAGACGGACAAGUCGUAGCAGACGGCCUUCUCCAAGUCCUGGUGACGCAGCAAAAGAGCCUCCAGCUCGGACUGGCGCGUAAGCGGGAUGCAAAUAGUGCAGCAAUUGCUGCUGCUGCUGCAUCCAUCUAUUUAUUCAUCCGUCAACCAGUCGGCGGCUCCAAGGACAGAAGAGCCCCACCCAGUCGAAAACCAGACGGACGGGUAAUAGUACACGGCCUCCGCCGAGUCCUGGUGAUGCGGCAGAAGAUCCUCAAGCUCGGACUGGUCCUCGGUGUUUUCUACACCCUCCUCUCCCUUCAUCGCCAACUGGUACAUGGCCACCCAAGGCGCGUAAGCGGGAUGCGAUCAGUGCAGCAAUUGCUGCUGCUGCUGCAUCCAUUCAUCCAUCAACAAGUCGGACCAGGCAUGGCAGACGGACGGUCUCCUUUCCGCCUGGGAGCUCUGCUUGUCCACCAGCUCCAGACUCUCAAUAAAGACAAGUCCGCCUCUCUGGGAAGCCUCAUCCGGAGAAAUGGUCCCCGGGCUCCAGAACGAAGGUGGGCACGUCUGUGGCUCCAAGGACAAAAGGGCCUCACUCAGUCGACAACCAGACGGACGGGUAGUAGCAGACGGCCUUUUCCGAGUCCUGGUGACGCAGCAGAAGAGCGUACAGCUCGGACUGGUUAG